AUGGCGCUCUACGCAGGUAUUGGUGGUGUUCAGGCUGUCAUCGCAUUCUUGAGCUCCUUUGCGUUUGCACUCGCCGGGCUGAGAGCCAUGUCGUUCUACGAUACAACUCCUGUGGGUCGCAUUCUUUCACGUCUCAGUCGUGAUAUCGAAUCGUUGGACAACCAACUGCCCAGUGCACUUUUUCAGCUUAUGCGCAUGUUGGCUGCGGUCCUUGGUGCAAUUGCUCUUAUCUUCUACACUUUCCCGUAUCUUGGCAUCGCGAUUCCCUUCCUGUUCAUCCUUUACUAUAUUGCGUCUGCGUUCUACCGCCGAACCUCGAUUGAGACGAAGCGUCUUGACUCUGUGCUGCGUUCGGCCCUUACUCUUCUCUCGGAGGCACUCACUGGCCUAUCAACCAUCCACGCAUGGAGAACACAGGACCGCUAUAUCAAAGUCGUCGACGCGGCUAUCGACAACCAGAAUCGCGCCGAUGGCUCGCAAUGCGUCUUGACUUUAUUGCGAAUCUGCUCAUCCUCGGUAUCGGUCUUUGCUGUCGGCGUCAAAUACGUCCAAUCCAUCCAAGACUGGAAUGGUGACGCAGAUGGCAAGUAUUAUCGCGACUUGUUUCAAUCCAGCUGGGGACUUAUGCGUAUACAGGCGAGAUCCGAGCAAGAGAUGAAUGCCGUUGAGCGAUUGGACUACUGCGAAAACUCCCACAAGAGGCACCACCGACGACAAAAGCGGAUCCAGACCAGAACUGGCCAGAUAAAGGCGCCAUCUCCUUCAACGACGUCAAGAUGGCGUAUCGCCCCGGUCUCCCUCGUCCUGCACGGUAUAACCUUUGACGUCAAGCCAGGAGAAAAGAUUGGAAUUUGUGGGCGUACCGGUGCCGGAAAGAGCUCAAUCCUUCAGGCUCUCUUCCGCAUUGUCGAGAUUGAAGGUGGGACUAUCGAGAUUGAUGGCGUGGAUACGAGAAAGAUUGGUUUGGACGUUUUGCGACGACAGAUGGCCGUUAUUCCACAGGACGCGCUUCUCUUCCAGGGUACCGUUCGCGAAAACAUCGAUCCACUCGGAAUGCGUACAGACGCAGAGCUUCUUUCUGCUCUACGUAGGGCCGGCUUGCUUGAUACGACGUCCGAGCCAGGUACCUCAGAUGCAGCUGAGGCGACAAAGGUGGCGCGGAUGUAUCGCGCUUCGAACUCGGUGCACUCGCUUAAUACGAUUGUCUACUAUGACCGGAUCCUCGUCUUGGAUGCUGGACGGGUGGCCGAGUUUGACACGCCGCUGGGGCUUUAUGACCGAGAGGGAUCGAUCUUCCGAUCUCUCUGCUCAGAGGCAUCACUUAACCGACAAGACAUCAUCCGCAUUCGCAAAGCAGUUCAUCCUGACGAGCAGCUUGAAUGA